CAAUGUUCAGAUAUUAGUAGUUCUUCCCCUCUUAGAAACCCAAGAAAGAGAGAGGGAACACAUAUGGGGCCCAUUGGAGUAUGUAUGAUCACCUUCGCUAUCGUUUGGAUCAGCCGUUGGAUUUAUAGAUGGAGAAAUCCAAAAUGCAAUGGGAAGAUCCCUCCAGGAUCCAUGGGCUUCCCUCUCUUAGGAGAGACAUUCUCUUUCUUCUCUUCUUAUACAGGGUCCGAUGUUCAUCCCUUCGUCAGAACACGUAUGGAGAGAUACGGCCCCAUCUUUAAAACCAGCUUGGUGGGCCAGCCAGUCAUAGUCUCUACAGAUCAAGACUUCAACCAUUUCAUUUUUCAGAAAGAAGACCGUUUGUUUCAGGGCUGGUGGCCAGAGAGCUUCAAAGAGAUCUUUGGGACGCAGAGCAUGGGCACGUUGCAUGGUUUCUUGCACAAGUAUCUCAGAGGCCUUGGAUUGAAACUCUUUGGUGUAGAAACGUUGAAAGGAAGUCUCCUUCGUGAAGUAGACCAGUCCGUACGUAGGACACUCAGCUCAUGGUCAACCCAACCCUCUUUAGAAGUCAAAGAAUCAACAUCAGCUAUGAUAUUUGAUCUAACUGCUAAGCGGUUGAUAAGCUAUGAUUCAUCAGCAUCCUCGAAGAAAUUGAGAGAGAACUUCUACGCUUUCCUUGAUGGACUCAUUUCCUUCCCUAUCAACAUACCAGGCACCUCCUUUUAUAAAUGCAUGCAGGGACGGAAGAAAGCGAUGAAGGUGUUGAAGAAUAUGCUAGAUGAGCGACAUGCUUCGCCCAAGGAACGCUGUGGAGAUUUCUUCGACUUGUUGAUUGAUGAGUUGAAGAAGGAAGGGAGUAUGUUGACGGAGGAGUUGGCUCUCAAUCUGAUGUUUGCUUUGCUCUUUGCCAGCUACGAAACCACUUCCUCCGCUCUAACCGUAGCAAUGAAGCUUCUUGCAGAUCACCCACAUGUGGUUGAGAGAUUAACGGAGGAGCAUGAAGAGAUUUUGAGGAGGAGGGAAGAUCCAGAUUCUUCAAUCACUUGGGAAGAAUAUAAAUCAAUGACUUUUACUUCUCAGGUUAUCAGUGAAACGGUUAGGCUGGCUAAUAUUGCGCCUGGAAUUUUCAGAAGAGCAACGGAGGAUAUCAAGAUCAAAGGAUAUACAAUUCCAUCUGGAUGGUUGGUUAUGGUGUGCCCUCCGGCUGUCCACCUAAACCCUACGAUGUACGAGUACCCGCUCAAAUUCAAUCCAUGGCGAUGGGAGAACGUGGAUACCAGCCAGGGUUCUAAGAAUUUUAUGGCCUUUGGUGGGGGAACGAGAUUCUGUGCGGGGGCAGACUUCAGUCGCCUACAAAUGACAAUCUUUCUUCAUCACUUGGUUACAAAAUACAGGUGGAUAGCAGUCAAAGGAGGAGAGAUAGUGCGGAGUCCGGGCCUGUCAUUUCCCAAUGGUUUUCACAUUCAGCUCUUCCAAAAGCAUAAAUGAAUACAGCUCAAUCAGUGUUGUAAUAAGAUCUGAUAUUCACACCCACCCUCUUUGAUUUUCAUAGACCAAUAUCCAAAUUACUGCAAUUCUCCAAGUGGAAAAUGCGUAUAUACAAGUUCAAAUA